ACCCUCACUGUUUCCUGCCUAUGUAGUUGUAAACAUCACUGAACCGUCCUUGAACUUUGUGUCUUGCUGUGAUAUGACACGGAAAUAAAUUAGAAAUGCACUGGUAAAAGAGCAGCUUUAAAUGGACGUUUGCGGUGAGUAAAGGAAGCCUUUCCUAACACUCCCUGAAACUAUCACUCCAACCAUGGCGUCCAACCUCCAGAGCAGCUUAAGGCUGAGGAUUCCUCUGAGACAGCUGUUCCUCCACACGUCUGUCUCCUCCAGGACCAGAUUUGCACCCGCAGCCCUCCAGAGUCCACUCCUCACCCGCUGCUCCCCGCAGGCUUCAGCCCCCCGUCGUGCUCUACACGUUGGUGCGGCUACAGGGCACCAGUCCCUCCCCAGCUCUCCUCCAGAGAGGCUGCCCUUCUCCAGAGUCACUGAGGAAGAUCUGGCCUUUUUCAGGAGCAUCCUACCGGGCAGAACCAUCACGGACCCAGACCUGCUGGAGUCCAGUAACGUGGACUGGCUCAAGUCUGUGAGAGGUUCUGCUGAAGUGCUGCUCAGACCUCAGACGACAGAAGAAGUGUCUCAAGUUCUUAGUUAUUGUAACAGGCGCAGCCUGGCGGUGAACCCUCAGGGAGGCAACACCGGGCUUGUUGGUGGAAGCGUGCCAGUUUACGAUGAGAUCAUUCUCUCAACAGCGCUGAUGAACAAAAUACAUUCUUUUGACAACGUCUCUGGUAUUGUGACGUGUCAGGCAGGUUGUAUCUUGGAGAACUUGUCGCUCUACCUGGAGGACAGAGACUACAUCAUGCCGCUGGAUCUCGGGGCAAAAGGCAGCUGCCAAAUUGGCGGAAACGUGGCCACGAAUGCAGGCGGGCUGCGGCUGCUGCGAUACGGCUCCUUACACGGGACUGUGCUGGGUCUGGAAGUGGUGCUGGCAGAUGGACGGGUGCUCGACUGCCUGUCCACGCUGCGGAAAGAUAAUACAGGAUAUGACCUCAAACAGCUCUUCAUCGGCUCAGAGGGCACUCUGGGAGUCAUCACUGCUGUGUCCGUCCUUUGUCCACGAAAACCCAAAUCUGUUAAUGUGGUUUUUCUUGGUUGCGAGACGUUCCAACAGCUGCUGAAGACAUUUCAUCUCUGCCGAAGCAUGCUGGGAGAAAUCCUGUCAGCGUUUGAGUUCCUGGACAGUGAAUGCGUGAGGCUGCUGAACACACACCUCCGACUGUCCAAUCCCAUCUCUGACUGCCCCUUCUACAUCGUCAUAGAAACGUCCGGGUCCGACCCGACUCACGACUCGGAGAAACUCCACAACUUCCUUGAAGAAGCGAUGGCAUCAGCUUUUGUUCUCGAUGGGACCGUAGCGACUGAGGAUUCAAAAAUAAAGGCUCUGUGGUCGAUGCGUGAACGCGUCACCGAGGCGCUGACUCAUGACGGCUUCACCUACAAGUACGACAUCUCGCUCCCCGUGGAGCGGAUCUACCAGCUGGUGACAGACAUGAGGGAGCACCUGGGGGACCGGGCCAAGAGCGUGGUGGGCUACGGACACGUAGGUGACGGCAACCUCCACCUGAACAUCACUUCUCCAGAGAAGAACCCCGAACUCCUGGCCGCCAUCGAGCCCUUCGUCUACGAAUGGACGUCCAGAUUCCAGGGCAGCAUUAGCGCCGAACACGGGCUGGGUCUGAAGAAGAGGAACUACAUCCACUACAGUAAAUCCAGCCAAGCUGUCGCUCUGAUGGGAAGUAUAAAAACCAUGCUGGACCCCAAAGGCAUCCUCAACCCGUACAAGACUCUACCAGACAAUCUGAAAUGACGGUAGGGGUGAUAGAUAUGUAAAAAUUAACUAACAUCACUGCCACAUGAUUAAGAGGUUGUUGACUGGAACGCCAAGGCAGAUGAUUGUUUGGAUGUGCCGUCAAGUGUUGAUCUAUGUUAGAUUGGUGUAAAUAUCAAGGACAUAAUUUGUGUUCUGCUUUAAUUUCAAUCCAUGAAGUAGGACGCCGGUUAAAUGUGAAGUUUGGUGUGAUCAACGCAGUGUAGUGACAACACGUUUGUUCACAGCACAAAAAAACUGAAUAAAAAGGUUUUAUCGUUGUAAAUCCACCUUAAGUGGGGAAAAAAACUGAUUAACAGCAGAUUAAAGAGAUAAACUUUCAUGUGAAGUUAUAUACAAAAAUCAGAACGCACGCUGGAUAAUCAUUAGACAAGUGUGCAGUAAAUGUUUUAUUACAUGUAAAAAAGACAAAGCAAUGUUUUUCUCGUUUUUUUUUUCUUCUUUUUUUCCCCAAAACAACUCCAGCACUUGUGAUCUAAUUCAUUUAUACAACCAGGAAACUCAAGUUUUAAGCCCAGUCUUCAAUAAAACUGUUUCCACAUCAACUUGGAGGUUUUUUUCAUCUUUCUUCCCUCCAUCUUUCAGGCAACUUGUAUAAUGUGGCAUCAGUGGAAAGGUCCAGAUUUCUUUCACCUCCAUUAUUUAAAAAAACAAAACAAACAUAAGGGAGGGAGUUGCUAUGGUUACCACAAACAAGUCUGUGUCGAUUCUUCUUCGCUCGUCCAGAUGAUUUUCACACAAUUUACAAAAUAUGCCAGAGGGAGAGAGAGAGAAGUUCAUGUAAUAUUUGAAGAAUUACAAAUUCCUACGGGGAGAUAGUUGGCGUGCCGCUUCGUUACGAACCACCAGCAUAAAGUUGUGCCUGUAGUGUUUGUUUUUUUUUUCCUUCUGUGAAUAAACAAGUUCAGAUUUUUUUUUAAUCUUUUUUAAAAAUCCUACUUUUUCAAGUAUUUCUCAGCACGUUGUUUCCUACUUGAUAGUGACAACAAGGGUACAGAUAAUCUAGUAGAGUUAAUGCUUAUAUACGUUUACAAUCGUCAUCAUACACCAGUCUUACAGAGUACUUCAGUAGUGUGGUAACAGUGGAGGUUCAGUACAUAAAUAUACUUAAAAAAAAAAAGGUUUAAAAACAUGUUUGAUUCUAUUGGCUCUUUUCCUUUCAUUUGUGAACAUGUGUAUUUGUGGCAAUAGUUGGCAUGUCGUCAUAAAGCUAAAUGAGUGGAGUAUUUCUGAUUGUCUCUGAGCAGAAUGCCAAAGCCACGUGUCGACGACGCGGGACGGAGAUCGGGAGCCGGACUGGAAGAGACACUCGGCGUACCGGGCUACGGCCAGGACCGUCUAAAAUUAAAGCAUCUUUAUGGAGAACUACGAUGAGGAAUCCGUUCACAUUCAGUAACAGUCCGCGGGGACGCGGCGCUAACCUUUAUGUCCCGCGGCGAGGGUCGGCUUAUCCAGACACAACCAGUCCAAACGUCAGAAUGGUACUUCAAGUCAAACGGAGGGAUGUCGUUGUUAGGCAACCACAGAGGAUGGAAGAGAGGGGGAUGAAGCUGGAUGAGACCCCAACAACUUUCCUCCAGUCCUUCACCCCCCGCCACCGGCGGCCUCUUUUGUUUUAACAAAUGUCGAGCUCGGGCCGCCACCGGCGUCCCACAGCUGCCUCCGAGACUCUUCCCCCUCUCACGACUCCUUGCCUUUCUCCAGAGAGCUGUAAAUCUUGUCCAGGGUCUUCUUGAUGCGCAGCGCCGUCAGCCGAGCAGACGGGUUCUGGUACCAGCACUCCUUCAUCAGUUUGACCAGCGCAGAAAGAGUCUGAGCGAGAGAGAUGGCAAAUAAAACAUGAGCCUUCUGCAACUCCAAAAUCAACAUGACCAGAAGAACUAUGACAGUUGCAGUAGAAAACGAUAUAGAGAUCCAACCAAUCCAUUAUUCCUUCAGUUAAAAUUGUUGAAAUUUCAUGAAUUAGUAGACUAUUCAUGGGUUUCAGUCACGUGACAUUUUUUGUUGUCAGCGCCAUCUUGAGGACCGACCGAGGACCUUCACGUCGCGCAGCCAAUAUGACGUCUCACCUAAUAACUCACUUAACUGCCGAAGAACAGCAACGUCCAGAAAAUUGACACUUUAGGUUUCGAUCCGUAUAUAAUAGCUAAUCAAUUACUGACUCCACUCCAGUCUGCCAAAAACCUGCCAGAUUUGUCGUUUGCGGACAUAUAUAUCUACCUGGUCCACAAUCCUUCUCCAUACACCGGCGAAGCUCCAAGCCGUUUCCCAAAUCCAACUCAGCCUGGAUCAUUUCUCGUGUGCUCUGCUUUUUCCCCACAUCUCAGUAAUGAUCUGACAUGCUGACAUGCUGGCUGCAUUUAACACCACGAACACGCCGCUCAUUCCACGCUGUUCGCUGUUUGAUUGCGUCACCACACGCAGUUAUUAAUUGUCACUUACCGGUAGUUGUUUGUUUUUUUUUUUUUUGUUUUUUUUUUUAAUUUAUGAUAUUUGUGAAGUUAUGUCUUGGAAAAAGGGGCAGAUCAGAUAAGAUUCUUCUUUCUGCUCCCUUUUCAUUCAAAAUUUAAGAACAUUUGUAUUGAAUUGUUUUAUUUUUUUUAAUGAAAUAAAGAAUAAAUGAAUGGAAA